GAUCUCAGCUGUCUGAGGUGUCGACAGCAGCCCGGCUUGACCUCAUUGGCCCGGUAUUAAAAACUUUGGUCCGUGAUCAGUCAGCUGGUCACGGAGGACACAGAUACCAGCGCACUGACUGACCGGGAGCUCCCUCAGUGCAUCAGCUCUGCUGCUGGGAUCAGACCCGCUCAGCAAAGUGCGCACACCGCAUGCAGCAGUCCGCUGCAGCGCCUCCGCGUCGCAACUCUCGCAAGAUCGACAGACAGCGUACAUGCCGGCGUGUUUGUGUGCGUCACCAUGAAGCACCAGUCGAUCUCCAGAUGGCUGAGCCAGCUCGGACUUCCGCAGUACUGCGUAGCGUUGGAGCAGGAGUACGACGGCGUGGAGGACCUGCUCCUCCUCUCAGAAUACGACCUGUUGGAGCUCGGAGUCUACAAUCACCUUCACCGCCUGCACCUCCUCACUUCUCUACGUCUCCUCCAGGAACGAGAGAGGAGGAGAGAGUUGAGGAUGAUGGCAGAGGGGCGUUUUGCCAGUCUGCCCAGGUCCAUCCAUGCACACCACACCCUGGGAGGAGGCAACACACACCCCGGGGUCCCCUCCACCUCCCUCGGUGUCCCCGGCAGCGGCACCUGCUCCUCCAGGAGGCUCCAGGCCUCCCUUGUCUCCUCCAUGGACCUCCUCAGCUCCAGGCCUGGUCUUUCUCCAGGGCAGGGCAGCAGCCUAUCAGAGAUGCCCGCUGCUUCCUACCAGACGGUCUCCAUUCACGGCACUCUGCCUCGACGCAAGAAAGGAGGGGCCAACCUCACCCACGGAAACUAUACCUGGGACCCCAGAGCCAAUCACACGCAGCCGACGCUGAGCGGGAACACGCCACUGGCUCCUGGAAACAUCCAUCAACCCCUGACCUCUCCGCGGGUUCAGAACAUCAUCGAUGACUUUCACGGUUACAGGGAGCCCGCUGCCGGCCUGGAUGCCACGGUGGACUAUGUGAAGUUCUCCAGAGAUCAGUUCAUCCUGGACUGUCCGUCUGAGAAACUUCGCAAAGAGCUGGAGGAGGAACUGAAGAUGGACUGCGAGGAGCUGAGGAGCCACGCGUGGUAUCACGGAGCCAUACCAAGACAGGUUGCGGAGAACUUGGUGCAGCGUGACGGGGACUUCCUGAUCCGCGAUUCGCUGUCCAGUCCAGGAAGUUAUGUCCUGACCUCCCAAUGGCGAAAUGCCGCCCAGCACUUUAAAAUCAACAAGAAGGUUGUGAUGUUGAACGAAGCGUACUCCAGAGUCGAGUACCGGCUGGAACGGGAAGGUUUCGACAACGUCCCCGCGCUUAUAAGAUUCUACGUUGGCAACAGGAAACCCGUCUCCCAGGUCGUAGGAGCCAUCAUCUUCCAGCCGAUUAACAGAGGGCUGCCGCUGCGCUGCUUGGAGGAAAAGUACGGGCUGUCCAACAACCACCGAGACCGGCUCAUGGCGCAGGAGAGACGGAGCCAGAAGCGCCUCAGCCUCAACAUCUCCAACGGACACGCGCACGACAACACGCACGCCGCGCACGACAGCGCGCACUGCCGGGACAACGGCGUGGGCCGAGGCAGCCAGCUCAGGAUGAAGGAUCGCUGCGGCAGCCAGCCGGCGAGUCUCAAUCAGGUCCAAGAGAGGCGACGCCCGCUCAAGGCGCACCAAUCGGAGAGCUACCUGCCUCUCGGAUCCAAAUCUCAGUCCCACCAGUCUCCUGACCCUCUCCUCACGAACCCUAACCCCAAGUCUCCAGUCUUCCGGACGGGCAGCGAGCCGGCGCUGAGCCCGUCUGUCCCGCGGAGAUCAGCGGAGCUUCUGGCAGGACAGGCCAUCCGGGGCUCCGACAGCCAGCUGUGUCCUAAACCGCCUCCCAAACCCAGCAAGGUGCCGCUGGCUCGACUGCCUCGCUCCCCCUGCCUUCAGCCGCUGGCUCUUCCCCCGUCGAGCUCCUCCAGCCUCACAGACUCCUCCAGGCUAACCGCUCCUCCACUGGACUCCACAUGCAUGGACUCAACACGGAGGAGUGGAGCCUCCACCGGCCCUCCUGUACCUCCGGUAAAACCCCUGAAGUUCCCUCAUCCGUUUCCUCCUGCAGACUCUCUCAGCUCUGUAGUUUCACCUGAUCCUGAUUCAGAGGCGGUAACAGGAUGGACUGAACGCCUGCAGCCGAGCCCGAGCCUGAGGUCCUGCAGCGCGCUGGAAUGGGAGGAAUCGAACUUGCUGAACGCCUCCACGUACGACACCGUCGGAGCUCCGCUCUGCAGCUACGUGGAGAGGCUGAGGAAAGAGGGCGAGGGAAGCAGAGAGGAGGAGGACGACGAGGAGAAGGAGGCAGGAGGGAGGAGAGGGCUGGACAGGAGCUCCUACCAUCACGCCAUCGCCGCCUUAGAAAACACCAGCGAGGAAGAAGAGGAGGAGGAGGAGGAGAAGAAGAGGAGGGCGAGGGAGAGGAGCAGCUUCCAGCGGCCCGUCGUAGAGACCGAGUCCACGUUCCGGCCGGCGGAGUUCGGAUCUCGACUUCUGCCGCCGGAAAACAAACCGCUGGAGAUGGUGGUGCUGAAGAGAGCGAAGGAGCUGCUGCUCAAACACAAUCACCACAGCAUCGCCAGACACCUGCUGAUGGCCGACUGCCAGGUUGCGAGGAUCCUCGCAGUGACUCCGGAGCUUAAAGGUCAGAUGGGCGUGGCGUCCGGGCUCGAGCUGGUGACGCUGCCGCACGGUCGACAGCUGAGGCUGGACCUGAUGGAAAGACACCACACCAUGGCGAUAGGCGUUGCCGUGGAUAUUCUGGGAUGCACGGGCAGCGUGGAUGAGCGGGCGUCCACCUUGAAUCGCAUCAUCCUGGUGGCGUUGGAGCUGAAGGACACGGUGGGCGACCUGUUCGCCUUCACGGCCCUGAUGAAAGCUCUGGACAUGCCGCAGAUCAGUCGUUUGGAAGAAACGUGGACGACUCUGCGAAGGAACUACACACAGACCGCCAUCGCCUACGAGAAAACACUCAAACCUUUCUACAAGAACCUGUACGAGGGCACAGCCUCCUCUCCUCCGGUGGUCUGCGUCCCCCUCCUGCUGCCCCUCCUCACUUUGAUGGAGCGUCCGUCGAUCACACCUGAGGGGGCGGAGCUCUGGGAGACCAGCGACCAGGGCUGUGACAUCAUGUUGCGCCACCUGGAGGCGGCGCGUGACGUCGCACACAACGCGCAGAGCUACACGGCCAACGCACAGAAGAUCUUACAAGAGUUCGAGUGCGACGACGAGCUGCUGGAGGUGUUUAAAACGGACUUUCAGCUCCGGCUGCUGUGGGGAAGCCGCGGCGCUUCGGUCAACCAAUCAGAUCGCUACAACAAGUUCAACCUCAUCCUCACUGCGUUGUCACGGAAACUGGAGCCUCCACCCAAAACACAAACUUUAAUCUGACUUCACCCGAGCAAAGACUCGGAUCAGAAACCAGCUGUGACGAAGAGAAACAAACUUUAAUUUUUUUGAUAUUUCACAAAAGUUAAAGGAGAAGAAGUAACAUCUUCAUCUUCACCCACAGAGUCUCUGCACAGGUCACAGGUUUAAAUGUAGCAUACACACACAUGAGACUUGUAUAAACACUUGUGUAAAAACCACAAAUGUUUCAUGUAACAGCACCUACAAAACGUCACCGCUUCAGGAACUCAGAUAAACGGCGCUGAGCGUCGUCACAAACUUCUAAAAUCCUUAAAAAAUGUCAAUGUUACGUUUCUUUAUCGUCAUUUAUAGAGAGGAAACAAUCAUCCCCACAUGAACUGACCUUUUUCACACAAUUCUGAUAUUUUGAAGACAUAAAUCACCAAGAUCUUUGAUAUUUUGGAGACAAAAAUUCCCAGAAAAAGGUGAAAUUGGCUGGUUUGAUCUCUAAUUGUGAGGAGGCUUAAAGGGAGUCGCUGGUGUGUUUUACCUGAACAGGCACUCGAUUUAUUUUUACUCCGACAUUCCAGUUUACUCCAGAAAAACUUUCUUCGACGAGAUUGAAGGAGAAAAAUAAGAAACAGGUUUGAAUCCUGUGACAGGACACAGAGAGUAAAGACAGAAGAAAUGUGCGUCUGUGUAUAUUAAAUCUAAAUAUUAUAUUUAACGGUACAGCGAGUGAUCGAGAGUCCAGCCUGUACUUUUGAUACAAAACCACCUGAUCAGUUUGUUACACAGAAACAGUUGAAAUAUUAACAGAAAUGUUCUCAAAGUCGAUGUACAGUAAAUCUUUUACUGUAUUUACUCAGAGCAGAAAGAAACUCUCUGUAUGUGUGAGAGAUUUCUGCAUAAACGUGAAUAAAUUUAUUAAAAAGUUAACAUGUGACACUAAAGUUGUACAUAUUUGAAAUAUUAGCAUGUUAAUAAUGACUGUACAUAUUUUCUGUAGAAGGAAAAAAAAGAUGCUGAUGAUUUUAAUGUUUAUAUUAUGAACUACUGUAAGAUUUAAUAAAUAUGAUGUACAAUCUGAA